AUGAACGAGGCUGGGGAAUAUGCCGUAUUCCCGCUCACAGUCUUUGAUAGACUGUUCGAACGUACUACAUUCGUCACAGGGUGGCUCAUAGAAGGAACCAUUGACACCGCAGCCCUUGUCUCUGCAUUACAGAGGGUCACUGAGAAAUGGCGGAUGUUAUCAGGUAGACUGCAAUCCACAGAACAGAAUAAUAGCGUACAGUGGUUUCUCAAAAUUCCCCUUGGUCGACUGCCCCAUGAUUAUGCGACAUUUAGCUUGACAACUUCGACUUCAACCACUCCUCUCUCGAAAUAUGUCAAGAUCCCAAUACCUUCUGUGUCUACAUCUCUUCCUUUGGACGUGUUCCUCCAUCCAUCUACUCCCAAAAGUUACACGGUUUGGGAAUCCAGCAACCACCCCCUGACAUGCUGGAAUAUUACCUAUUUUCCCGCCGCCAGCAAUGGGGGUGUAGACUACACAUGCAUUGGAUUCGCGAGAAGCCAUGGAAUAUUUGACGGAGGAGGAGCUGCGCUGGUGAUCAACGCGCUCGUCGCAGAACUGAAUGGCCGCGAUUGGGAAGUGCCACCUCUACCUCAGGCAGGACUGAAUGUCAACCCUUUAGACGACGUCCUUGCGCGAGCGGCACAGGCUAUUCAGUAUUCCACUCCAGCUGAUGCCUUUCCUGCCUAUACAGUCGUUGGACCUGGUGGUGUUUUGAAGUUGGCAGCGUCGCAUGUGAAGGAGCGGUUCUGGGCUGGCGCGGAUCGACGCAUAAUCCUAUUGCCAAAAGUUGUUCUAGAUACUCUCGUCGAGGAGGUCAGGUCUUCCCUGCGCAAUGGACAGAAGAUAGUUGAGCAUGUUACCACCGGUGACGUCUUGGUCGCCUGGAUAUUUAAAACGGUUUACGCAUCAGGUACAAAACCACAAACCAAAAUACACUGUACUAAUUUUGCAAACUUCCGCACCAUUCUGGGGUCCAAAUAUGCGGCUGCACAGACAUUUCCCCACAACGCGUUCGUGCCGUUACCCUACCCUAUACUAACGGUCUCAGAUGUACAAUCUUUCUCAUUGUCCACUCUAACCAAUCUUUUUUCGGCUUCACGAAUGUCGCUAUCCAUGGAGCAUGUGGUGUCUGGGUACAAGCUGUUGCACAAUAACUGCUUCCCGACGCCGCCGGGGGCCGAUGAGACGAUGACUGUCUCCAACGUUUCGGCGAGCCGAAUCCUCGCGGCGGAUUGGAGUGCAGUGGGAUCUCGACGCACGCUGUGUGGAUAUAGGUAUCAGGCCACCCCUACGGAUGUGUUGUUUACCAACGCCGUAUAUAUUUCUGGUCGCUUGGAUGAUGAAAGUACGGUGCUGGAUGUUACCUUGAAUAAAGCCAGGUAUGACUUGCUUUCUGGACAAGUUCAACGGUUGGCUACCAGAAUAGCGCGGAAUCAAAAGUACAGUAAACCAGAAAAACGCGGCAAAAAAUAA